AUGGCACCAUCAGCAGAGACGCGGAGACGCACGAUCAUUGCUUUGCAGUACCAGAAGAUGCGAAGGUUGAGGUUGCGUGAAGAAGAAGCUCUGCAAGCAAGAUACGACGACGAGGCUGACCCAGAGUACUACGACUCCUCCAGCAGCGAACGGCAGCGGGAACUUGCCGCGGCAGCGGCGAUAGGAGUGACGAUGGGACUCCCAAUGACAAUGGGGGGCACCCGCUCUGUUCACGAGCGGCGGUGCCGCAUGCGCCUUCCACCUGGUGGCGCGGCACCUUCAGCCUGCGCCACCACCUCGACCACUACCAACCCGUCCCCAGAUAGCGCUGCUCCUCCUACCGUUUCUGCUUCUCCGUCAUCGAGCCUGUGGCCCUCCACCGCGGACCUGGUGGACGGUAUCCUCGCCGGAAGCAGGGCAUCCCUGAGCCGAGCAAUCACACUAGUGGAAUCACAUCGCCUGGACCACCGUCGCCAAGCAGAGCUCCUGCUCGACCGGCUACUCUCAGCUCGGCAUCAGGCAGGAGCGCCGCCGCCGCCGCCGGCUUCCCAACCACCACCACCACCACCACCACCGCCCCCGCCAGAAGAAUCAGUCACUGACAGCGCAAGCGGUGGCAGCUGUAGCUCGAGCCUGAGCACCCCGCCCGACAGCGGGACGGCGGCAGCGGCGGCGGUGGCGGAGGGGCUUGCGUCGUCGGGGCGAAGAGACUGCAGCAGUGGUCGGCUCGUGGCCGCCACCGGUGGCUUCCCGAAGCUGGGGAUGAGGCUAGGGAUCGCAGGGCCUCCGGGGGCAGGCAAAUCGUCGUUUAUCGAGGUGCUUGGCAAGAGACUCACUUCCGCGGGUAAUCGGGUAGCGGUGAUCUCCAUAGACCCUUCCAGCUUAAGAACAGGCGGAUCGAUACUGGGAGACAAGACGAGGAUGGAUGAGCUGUCUCGAGACCCUAGCGCAUUCGUCCGCGGGUGUCCGGCGAGAGGAGUACUGGGCGGCCUCUCUAGGUACACCCACGAAGUGGUGCUGCUGUGCCAGGUGGCGGGGUACGACCCCGUCAUCGUCGAGACCGUCGGCCUAGGGCAAAACGAGGUGGUUCUUCGGCCGUAG